AUGAUUCGAUCGGCGCGUUCGGAAAGGGCAGGCAUUGGCAGCAAGCGCUGUCGCUUCUCAGCGAAAUUGUUGCAGCGAAGGUGGCCAGCGUCAUCAGCUACAACGCUGGGAUCAGCGCCUGCGGCAAAGGCAUGCAGUGGCAGCUGGCCCUGUUGCUGCUCAAGCAGAUACGGGAAGCGAGGCUGGAGCUCACUGUCAUCACCUGAUCGUAGCAGUUCUGGCUACAGCGCGGGGAUCAGCGCGUGCGAGAGAGGCGAGCAGUGGCAGCGGGCCCUGCUGCUGCUCAGCGAGAUGCGGGAGGCAAAGCUGGAGCCCGACGUCAUUCAUCACGCUGGUAUCAGCGCGUGUGAGAAGGACGGUCAAUGGCAGCAGGCCUCGUCGCUGCUCAGCGAGAUGGGGGACAUGGAAUUGGAGCCCAACGUCGUCAGCUACAGUGCUGUAAUCAGCGCGUGUGAGAAAGACGGGCGGUGGCAGCGUGCCUUGCUGCUGCUCGGCGAGAUGUGGGAGGCGAGGUUGGAGCCCAACGUCAUCACUACAGUGCCGUGGUCAGCGCGUGCGAGAAAGGCCUGCAGUGGCACCAGGCCUUGUGGCUGCUCGGUGAGAUGUGGGAGGCGAAUCUGGAGCCCGACGUUGGUAAGCUACAGUAGUGGGCUCAGCGCGUGCGAGAAAGGCGGCCAGUGGCAGCGGGCUUUGUUGCUGCUCCGUGAGAUGCGGGAGGCGAAGUUGGAGCUUGACUCAGCUAUAGUGGUGCGAUCAGCGCGUGCGAGAAAGUCGAGCAAUGGCAGCGGGCUCUGGCGCUGA